AUGCUCCUGUUCAACAUCUUCGUCUCGAUCGCUGCGUUGGCCAACUAUGCGCUCGGAUACGCCUGCGUCCAGUCAUGCAGACUCGAGGGCAUUGACAGCCGCCUGCGACCCCUUCUCUGUCACCCCCCUCCCAGCUGCGACAUGAAAAGGCUACGGUGUGCUGCCUUGCUGCUAGACAUUCCGUGCUGCUAUGCAAUCUGGCAGGAGUGCGCCUGCCAGUACUUGGCCGAGCGGGUUGUCCCUCCCGCUCUGCCUGCGUCUUACGCCGCCGUCAUCGCGGAUCAUUCGCAGCCCUCACGUGCGAUGGCUUUCAUAUGUCUCCAAUUCGGUUGUCCGACCAAGAUCAGCCCGGAAGAAUCGGUCGGCGCAUCGUCAGCUACAAGAAUAUGUCCUAGAUGCCACAAUCCUUCCAUCACGGCUGCGAGUAGCCGAAGAUGGUUUGAGUUCUGCUUCAUCCCCUUGAUCCCGUUCAAGAAGAAGCAUCUAUGGCUGUGCACGAUCUGUCAGUGGAGAUCGGAGAACGCGCAGGAUGGCAACGGACCGCCCAUAGCAGGAGGCGGAGGGCCACAAGCUGUCAAGCAAGGCGGAGGCAUUCACGCCCCCAAGCAGUAG